CUUGCGCUCACACUCUCCUACCCCAUUCAAACCAUCCCAACCCCUGCCCUAUACUAUAUAUACGAAGACACUCUCGAUACCGUUUCACUUCCCAACGUUACCACCGCGUCGGACUCUCUACGUUUCCAAGAUCGUAUCUGCUUCGACAAACGGACUCGCAGCGAUUCCUCGUUUAUUCUUUCACCCCUAUUUUACUUGGAAAUUUGAUAAGAUGUCGAUCAAAUUCUACGCAAAAUCGCUCUUCCUAUUUAUUAUUGUUGGCCUUGUUGUUGGUGCUGAAAAUUACAUAGAUUACGGAGAUGAAGUAGCAGAAAAAACGCCAGUUGAAAAUAUUCACGAGCUUUACAGAAUUCUGAUGCAACGUAACGCUUUGGAGAAUGCCGGACUUGGCGAGACUCCACUGGAACAUUUGAUGAUCCGUAAAUCUCAACGAUCGCCUUCGUUACGUUUACGUUUUGGACGUUCGGAUCCUCGUUCGUGGGAAUUCUACCAAACCUAUAAGCGUUAUCUCAUCGAGAUUCGACAAGUGAACACGGAUACGAAUAACAUUCUUCAGUUUCUCUUACCAUAUAUACAAAAAUCGUACGGAGUGUACAACGUACAUCUAAUUAUAUCGUAACAUUACGCGAUCUGCUAGAAAAUAGAAAUUAUUUUUAUUUUUCUUCUUUUAUUCUUUUUAAACACCACGAGAAUUAAAAACAUUGUCCAUGAUUAAAAUAUUUUCCAUACUAAAUAUUAUAUUUUUGAUGGUUCGUUAUGUAAAGUUAAUUUUUGCUCUGACUGUAAGCAGUAUAAAAAUAUAAUAGACGGUGUAGUGUUUGAAAAGAAGAUCGACGUUUGAAAUUACUAAUAAAAGGGACACAAGAGAAAUUUACUACGUCUUUUACAUUACGCGAUUAAUUUGUAUCUCCUUGUUUAUUAAGUUAGCGAUUUUUAUUUAUUUUACCUACAUAUAUCCAGUGACACCUUUUAUUAAGUAAAUAUCUCAACAUCAUUUACGUUAUAUUAUUAGAAUUGAAAAAAGAUGUUGCUUAUCGGAACAACACGUUCGUCCCUUGGAAGAGAACAAUUUUUUUCAACGUUUUGCUGAAGU